AUGAUUAGGAUGCACCGGCACCGAGCAAAGGCUUGCCUGGCAGCGCAGCAACAAACGUGCAAACAAGCACGAAGCAAUUCUUGUCAAAGCUCAUGCGGAGGAUCAUUGCAGAUCGAUACGCACAAACUUGCGACGGCAAUGCGGUGGGAAAAGAAGCCUAUCGCCCUCUUUCCUCCAAAGAUGCUAAAGAACAGUUUCCAACGACCCAGAACUCAAACGAUUAGGCGGCAAAAGUGGAGUAUCCGAUCCAGGUGCUGGCUUUUCCAUACAGAAGGUCUUUGUGCUGUUUCUUUUGCCGUUGAAGCGUUUGCUCUUGGAAUCAUGUCGCCACAUCUGCUGAUUGUCAAAUGCCCUUUAUAUGGAUUGGUCUUUAGUGGUAAUAGUUUCCUUGGACGUUUUGAUCAGACAGGACAGAUGCUUCACCAACCGUAUCCAGUCACUAUCGCCGCGACAACGUUGGUCGGUCAGUUCGUGAGCCUUGGGAGAAAAUUCCGGAACCAUUCUUUUCACAAAACCCAAACAGGUCCUCGAAACCUUGAACACUCUCUCUUCUCACACGCUUUGCCCAUCUUUUCACUGUCUUCAGCAUUACUUUGCAUCACAUUUCGCCGACCUCGCAAGGGUAUUUUACAAUUCAUCGUUAUUAGCUCCACUACAGCUGGUAUCACAGCCAGUCUGUUGGUGCGAGAUCAUCCUUCUUCACGGACUCACCUUCCUCAGAAAGUUCAAAUUGACACAAUUCACGACCAGAGGGACGACUAA